AUUUGGCGUGUUCGAACAUUAUUGUUUGCAAACGAGUGUUCUCCGAAAAUUAAUAUAUAAUAUUAAUACAAGUUAACUUACAUUCCGCUGAAGAAUUUGUGACUCCACAAGAGGAUUACGUAGAAAAGCCGACUUGUUUGAAAUCUGCAGCUUUAAAGUGCAGACUCGGAUCGACUCUAUACGUACCGAACAAUUCCAAUUUAGUAGUAUCAUUAAUCUCAAAGUUUGCAGUGUAAAACUUGCAACAUAAUAUACAGUGUACAAUAAUACAAAGGAAAGAAGAACAACAAUUGUAUAACUUGUAUCAAAAUGGGGAACGUUUUUGGAAAUCUUUUUAAAGGCCUUUUCGGUAAAAAGGAAAUGAGAAUAUUGAUGGUCGGAUUAGAUGCCGCUGGUAAAACCACAAUUUUGUACAAACUCAAAUUAGGCGAAAUUGUUACAACGAUACCUACCAUUGGUUUCAACGUCGAGACUGUAGAAUACAAGAAUAUUAGCUUUACAGUAUGGGAUGUGGGCGGCCAAGAUAAAAUCCGUCCACUGUGGAGGCAUUACUUCCAAAAUACACAAGGUCUUAUAUUCGUCGUUGAUAGCAACGAUAGAGAACGUAUCGGUGAAGCGAGAGAGGAAUUGAUGCGCAUGUUGGCUGAAGAUGAGCUCAGAGAUGCUGUUUUAUUAAUAUUCGCUAACAAACAGGAUCUGCCCAAUGCAAUGAAUGCAGCCGAAAUCACUGAUAAGCUCGGUUUGCACUCACUCAGAAAUCGUAAUUGGUAUAUUCAGGCGACGUGUGCAACCAGCGGCGAUGGUCUCUAUGAGGGUCUGGAUUGGUUAUCUAACCAACUUAAGAAUGCUAAUCGCUAGAUACACAUAAUAAUAUAUUAAUGAAAAAACACCUUUUUGAUUUAAACAUAAAGUUAAUGAAAAUUUGAAUAAAUACAAACAAAAAGCGAAAAAGAAAGCAAGAAAAUCAACUAAAAACGACAUCCUACUGAUCCUUCUUCUCCUCUUAUCCCAACUUCAACAAAAUCAAGCGACAUGCGACGAAUUUCAUUUAGCGGCUGUUGAAAGAAAUAGAAUAGUGAAACCGGAAGAAGAAGGUCAUAGCGUACAGAGAAAAGAAAAGAAUGGAAUUUAAUACCGCUAUUUAAUGAAACUAUCAAUUUCAAAACGAUUCUCUUAUAUAUGUAUGUAUAUGAAUGUUAAGACAACAAUAACAAAUAUCAACAAUGUGUAUCCAAAU